AUGUCUCGCCCUCUCUACCACAACCCUCUCGAUGACCAGUACUACCUCCCCUUCGGCAAGAAGGCCAACUGUACUCUCGAGGUCUGCCCCAUUGAGACCACCAUCUACAAGUACAACCCCGACAAGGCCGUCAACUUGGCAUUCACUGUCAUCUUCGGCCUGAUCAUGUUCGGCCACAUCUACCUGGGAAUCCGGUGGAAGACUUGGGGCUACAUGACCAGCAUGAUUCUCGGCUGUCUCCUUGAGAUUGCCGGAUACGGCUGUCGUGUCGUGCUGCACGCCAACCCCUUCAAGUUCCUCCCCUUCGUUGUCCAGACCGUCGCCCUGACCAUCGCCCCCAUCUUCUACACUGCUGGCAUCUACGUCACCCUGUCUGCGAGCAUCUCCCACUUCGCUCCUGACCUGACCCGACUCAAGCCUUCAGUCUGGGUGUGGAUCUUCCUUCCUGCCGAUAUCCUCUGCCUCGUCCUCCAGGGUGCUGGUGGUGCCCUUUCGGUCACUGCUACUUCCGCCGACACUGGUAAGAUUGGAAACAAGGUCAGUCAGGCUGGUCUGAGCUUGCAGCUCGUUGUCCUCGUCGGCUUCAUGGCCGCCUUUGCCGACUUCUUCGUCCGCUUCUUCAUGUCCCACCGCCUCCCCAAGGUCGAGUGGCGCCUGAAGGCCUUCGUCGCCGGCAUCAGCUUCUCCGUCACCAUCAUCCUUGCCCGUUGCGCCUUCCGUGUCUACGAGCUCAAGGAGGGAUACAGCGGAGAGGCCAUCACCCACGAGGUCCCCUUCAUCAUCGCUGAGGGUGUCUUCAUGAUCCUCGGUGCCGCCGCCCUCUUCUGGGGUCACCCAGGACUGGCCAUCAAGCCCGACUACAUCCAGUACCCUGCCAAGUCCACUGGAUCCGACAGCGACGACUCCUCUUACCCGACCAUCGGCAAGGGCACUUACCCCCCCAUGAGCCAGCCCGCCUACCACGCCUCCACCUACCCUCCUGUCCAGACCGAGAGGACCACCUACCAGCCUCCCGCCCACUACUCGGUUCCUGUUCAGCAGCAGGCUCCCGCCUACCCUCCCGCUCGCAACAGCGAGAGGCCCUCAUACCCCCCUGUCAACGACAGGCCUUCCUACCCUCCCGCCCAGCACACCCGACCUGCCUACAACAACCACAGUGGCCAGCGUCCUGUCAUCAGCAAGCCCCAGAUGCAGUACCGACCUGCCCACGUCUGA